AUGAACGAAGCCAUGAGCGAAAAAUCAGAAACCGUGCGCAAAGACCUGGGAGCCAUGAAUAAGGCGAGGCGCAAUGACGAUUACAAAAACAGAGUAGACGAUCGCAAAGAUACCAUAAUCAUGUGGGUCAUGUGGGAAAGUCUCUCAGCAAAGAUAGUUGCGCAUUUUGUGGAUAGUCGCGAGUUUCGACAUGCUCAGGCUCAUGUUUAUGAUGACAAACACCGAGACCGAAAAAUCGAGAGGAUUGCUCAUCAAUUCUUGGCGGAUAUCGAGAUGGCGGCUCGGGAAGUCGAGAUUGCCGCCGAUGACAUCCAGAUGGAUAUUGAAGCAAAUGCUCGGCAAAUUAAGAUCGACAUCGCGACGGAAGGCGACAUAAAUUCCCGAGUGGUCAAUCAAUAUCGCAUCAAAGUCCUGUUCAUUGAAACAAAAAAGGACCUGCAAAUUUGA